GACUGUCGCCAUUGCCUACGAGCACUGAGUUCGUCAUCAUUAACUGCCCGCUGUAGUGUACCUUCGUCAUGUAACGAAUCCAUACUUGCAUGGGACGUAGAACGACUGGAAUAAUUGAUGUGAUUCAUGUGGACAAUUCAUGCUGUAAUCGGGCUGUAGGCUUUGGGUUAUGAGAAAGCAGAGGUCAGACACAAGCACUGAUUAGAAUAUUACUUACUCUACAUCUCUAAACAUGACCUCAGGAACAUUCUACGCAUUACUGGCUGGCUUCCUUGGUGCCUUUGCCUCCUCAUCAGCAAAGCUAUCCCUUGGGGCAGACUACCUCAGAGAGCUAUGUGAAACAGGAGUGAACAAUUGGGCUGGUGGUAAACAUUGGCCUAAUCAGAGUGACACAACUCUCUGUGAAAGGCUUCAUAUCCCACUACACCUGCUGUGUGGAGGUUUUUUGGUCAUAUGCAACACAGUGAUGUGGACCUUCUUCUCCAAGGCCCUUAGACACUCCUUUUCCUCAGCCAGGGCCACUGUUGCUAUAACUGCCUCCAACUUCAUUUUUUCUACUUUCCUAGGUAAACUUGUCUUUGGAGAAACCCAUUCAGCACUUUGGUGGGUGGGCAUCUCACUCACCUUGUCAGGAUUACUGGUUCUCCAUGGUUGCCAAGCUCAAAUCCAGCAAAAGGACAGGAAGGACCAAUAAUGGAUGGCUUUCAAACGCAAUCAGAGGAACCAUAGCCUGGAUAAAGAGACUGAAUACACGCUUAAGAAAAUGUUUUUGAAGUGGAUUACAAUGUGAGAUUGCAAAGAUAAGAUGGUUGGUCUACUUGGAACCAAAAGCCAUUGUCUACAUAAAGCAAGACUAUACUGAAAGUUGUCACCAUUACACCUGUUCCAAAAGGGCCUAGGUGUAACUUGGUUUGGCCUGUGAUACUGGGUGUCACCAUGCCCCCACCUCUCAUAUGCUAAAAUCUGGACAGAGUCUCUGUUUGAUGGUCUCUCACGUCAUUGAGUAACUUACUGUCGCAUUGCUAGUCAGUUUGUUUUUCCGAUUUGGUUUUGAAACUGAAAAAUGAAAGAACUAAGUGUACACGGUCUGAGUACUUUUGCGUUCAUUCAUUAUUCUAUUUUUGGAAGUGAAAUUAAAAACCAAAACUAUUUAAUACUAGUUUUGGGUGUAAAGGGAAUUGUGAAGCAUUAUUCUGUGGAUUCUUCAUUUCCUGAGGCCUUCUCCUCAGCUCUGGCUUGUCCUUCUCCGUCUUCACCUCAUGCUUUCUCUCACUGACUUACAAUAAUCAUUGUGGAGUUUUUAAGAUUUAAAGCCUUCAUUUUGUAACAUGUUUGCCUUGUAAUUGAUUUCAUUUAUUUGCAAUGUUAUUAAAUACCUAGUUAAUUUCCCCUU